CAGAUAUUUUGCAAUGGCCCAAAAUGAUAUGUCUGCCGCUUAAAAUUAACCUGGUAUGUAACCGGAAAUUAGAGCCAUGCUCUGCAUGAGCAGAAAUGUUUAACAGCUAAGAUGACCAAGGCUACCACUGCCCAGCUGUUAAUACCGGUGUUCUUGUUACUUGUAGUGAAAGGUUCUCACGGGAAGGUAAUCCGCGGAAAACAUGAGAGAAAACUACUUGUACUACCAUUCGAGAAAACUGCACGAUCAGCUCUCCUCGGAUUAAAACCAGAGGAUGUUUUUAAAGUGACUGCUGCAGGGUUAGAUGCCGGGGGUGCAAGAAAAAGUGAUCUAGGUUCGGCUCUACACCAGCUUCCAGCAAUUAAAGAGGAACAAAGUUUAACAAACAGCGCUAUAUUGUAUUCUGGACAGCUGUCAUCGCUUGACCAGCACCUGGUGAAUCAAUUUGAUAAAGAACUCACAGGAAAUCAUGAGGAUUCUUCGCAUGGAACAAUGUCCAAGAUUGAAGAAGGUUAUAUACAGGAUCCUUCUCAUAACAAGUCACCAAACGGUAACUUAUCAGAAAUAUAGAGUGAUGUGUCAUUUUUUGGCUUUUGAGGUCCAAAG